AUGUCUUCGUCCCAAACCUCGAACACCGCACAAGGAAAUUACCCGCCGCCAGGGGACACUACUUCUGAAGGAGGAUAUGGCGGUCAGGGCGUUCAAGCCUUCGCAUCCGUCUCGCAACGCGGACUCGUGGACCAGACGACAGAUGGUCAGCCGCUUGGGAACGAAUUGGAAGAUGCGUACCAAGGCACGGACGAAGUGGCUUCUAGGAAAUUCAGGGAAGAGCAAUCAGGCAAUCAACCCGGAGCGCAACCCGCCUUGAACCCAUAUGGAGAUUCGUUGGAGACUCGUGGAGAAGCCAAAGAAAGACUUACUCAAGGUGCAACUGACAUGCGUGCAAGGACGUACCAGGAUGAAAUCCUAGACCGGAACGAUCAAUGAAAGAACAUGUCAAAUUUGAGCGCGUUUCGCGCAAAUCUUUAAGUUUAUGCAGUACAGAGACAGGUCUCGUCAUCUUAAAAUUACUACAUGUUCUUGACCCA